CAACAAACCCUAGUCUUUUAUUCCACACUCUCUCUCUGUGCUUUCUCCAUCUGAAGCCCCAACAAAAUGGCCUCGCGAAGGCUUUUAUCCUCUCUCGCCCGGUCCUCCGUCCGCCGGGCGCCGUCCAAAUCUUCGAUCUCAACGCCGAACCCGAGGGUCGCAUCCCCAUCUCCGUCUUCCCGAUCCGCUUCUCCCUGCGGCUAUCUCCUUAACCGCGUCGCUCAGUACGCGACCGCCGCCGCGGCCGAGCCCCAGACGGUUUCAGCGUCUCCGAAGAGCAAGGAUUCCGGGAAGGGAAAAAUCACCGACGAAUUCACCGGGAAAGGCUCGAUCGGGCAGGUGUGCCAGGUGAUCGGAGCCGUCGUCGAUGUGAGGUUCGAGGAGGGGCUUCCCCCGAUCUUGACCGCGCUUGAGGUGCUGGACAACUCGAUCCGGUUGGUGCUCGAGGUGGCUCAGCACUUGGGUGAGAGCAUGGUCAGGACCAUUGCUAUGGAUGGGACUGAGGGGCUUGUGAGAGGACAGCGCGUGCUCAACACCGGUUCUCCGAUCACUGUUCCUGUUGGAAGGGCUACCCUUGGGCGUAUCAUGAACGUCAUUGGAGAGCCCAUUGACCAUAGAGGCGAUAUCAGCACCGAUCACUUUCUGCCCAUUCACAGAGAAGCUCCUGCCUUUGUUGAGCAAGCAACGGAGCAGCAGAUCCUUGUUACUGGAAUCAAGGUCGUCGACCUUCUUGCUCCCUACCAAAGAGGAGGAAAGAUUGGGUUGUUCGGUGGUGCUGGUGUUGGAAAAACUGUGCUUAUUAUGGAACUUAUCAACAACGUUGCUAAGGCUCACGGUGGUUUCUCUGUGUUUGCUGGUGUUGGAGAACGUACUCGCGAGGGUAAUGACUUGUACAGGGAAAUGAUUGAGAGUGGUGUCAUUAAGCUAGGUGAAAAGCAGGCUGACAGCAAAUGUGCUCUAGUGUAUGGCCAAAUGAAUGAGCCCCCUGGUGCUCGUGCUCGUGUUGGUUUGACUGGGCUCACUGUGGCUGAACACUUCCGUGAUGCUGAAGGGCAAGAUGUGCUUCUAUUUAUUGACAAUAUUUUCCGAUUUACCCAAGCAAACUCAGAGGUGUCUGCUUUGCUUGGUCGUAUCCCAUCUGCUGUCGGAUAUCAACCUACUUUAGCUACUGAUCUUGGGGGUCUUCAGGAGCGUAUCACAACUACCAAGAAGGGUUCCAUCACUUCUGUCCAAGCUAUUUAUGUGCCUGCUGAUGACUUGACAGAUCCUGCUCCUGCCACUACCUUUGCUCACUUGGAUGCCACAACUGUGCUGUCACGACAGAUCUCUGAGCUUGGUAUCUACCCUGCUGUGGAUCCUCUUGAUUCAACAUCUCGUAUGCUCUCCCCUCAUAUUUUGGGUGAGGAACACUACAACACUGCUCGUGGUGUCCAGAAGGUUCUUCAGAACUACAAGAAUUUGCAAGAUAUUAUUGCUAUUUUGGGGAUGGAUGAGCUUAGUGAAGAUGAUAAGUUGACUGUUGCCCGUGCUCGUAAGAUCCAACGGUUCUUGAGCCAGCCGUUCCAUGUUGCAGAAGUUUUCACUGGUGCCCCUGGAAAAUACGUGGAGUUGAAAGAAAGCAUUACCUCCUUCCAGGGAGUGUUGGACGGAAAGUACGAUGACCUUCCAGAACAGUCGUUCUACAUGGUUGGAGGUAUUGAGGAGGUCAUUGCCAAGGCAGAGAAGAUUUCCAAGGAGUCUGCUGCUUAAUCAUCUUUUCUGUUGUUUUAUCUUGAUAACUGCGAAAACCCGAAAUAAUUUAGAUGCCGCUGGCAUUGCCAAGCAAACAGGAUUUUCUUUUUUGAGGCAAAACUGUAUGAGCAUUUCCCGUUUCAGAUUUAAGCAUAUUGCAGCAGGGUGUGAGAGAGAAAUGGUGCCAAUGGGCCUAUCCCCUUCUUUUUUUCUCUUGUUCAAUAAGGGGAAGGAAAAGAAAGAGGACGACGCGUGUAUAUUGUUCUUUUUUUUUUUUAAUUUUUUGUUCCUGUUCAAAUUUAAAACGUUUGAAUUUCGAUGCAACUAUGAUUGUUAAGUUGUAAACCCCCGUCUUUCGUGUUAA